UGUUUGAAUCCGGACGGACGGAGCCGGCGGCCGUUGCGCGGCGGCGGCGUUGAGUUUCAGAAAAGAUUCAUCUGCUUGAUCUGGAAGAACCUUCGAAGUGAAGAAGGGAGACAAAAGGGAUAUUAUUAUGUCUCCCACUAAGGAAGACGAUGUCUGUAACCACAUCAAAGUGGUAGUCCGUGUCCGUCCAGAGACUCAAAAGGAAAGAGAUGGCAACUUUAGCAAAGUUGUUCAUGUUGUUGAUCGCCACAUACUGGUCUUUGAUCCAAAGGAGGAAGAAGUUAGCUUCUUUCAAGGGAAGAGAAUGGUCUACAGGGAUAUUAACAAAAGACAAAAGAAAGAUCUUAAAUUUGUCUUUGAUGCUAUUUUUGAUGAAAAUUCAUCGCAGUUGGAAGUUUUUGAGCAUACUACCAAAACUGUCAUUGAUGGCUUCUUCAAUGGAUAUAACUGCACAGUGCUUGCAUAUGGUGCAACAGGAGCUGGAAAGACUCAUACAAUGUUGGGUUCACCUGAAGAUCCUGGAGUGACGUAUUUUACCAUGAUGGCGCUUUAUAAUUACAUGGAUCAAAUAAAAGAAGAUAAAAUAUGCAAUGUUGCAGUCUCUUAUUUAGAGGUCUACAAUGAGCAGAUCCGUGAUCUGCUGGUGAACUCGGGACCUUUGGCUGUUCGUGAAGACAGUGAGAAAGGAGUGGUAGUUCAAGGGCUAACACUGCAUCAGCCUAAAUCGGCAGAGGAAAUCCUUCAGAUUUUGGAUUAUGGAAAUAAAAAUAGAACACAGCAUCCCACAGAUAUAAAUGCCUCCUCUUCCCGGUCCCAUGCUGUUUUUCAGAUUUAUCUAAGACAGCAAGAUAAAACAGCUAGUAUUAAUCAAAACGUUCGUGUUGCCAAAAUGUCUCUUGUUGACCUGGCGGGAUCUGAACGUGCCAGAGCGACAAAUGCCAAGGGGGCUCGUUUUAUAGAAGGAACAAAUAUUAAUCGCUCCUUGCUAGCUCUCGGAAGUGUCAUUAAUGCCUUGGCAGAUCCAAAGAGCAAGAAACAGCACAUUCCUUAUCGAAACAGCAAGCUUACUCGUUUAUUGAAAGAUUCUCUUGGAGGAAAUUGCCGAACAAUAAUGAUAGCUGCUGUUAGUCCAUCUUCUAUGUUCUACGAUGACACCUAUAAUACUCUUAAGUAUGCAAACCGAGCAAAGGAUAUCAAGUCUUCUUUGAAGAGCAAUGUGGUUAGUCUGGACAGUCACAUAAGCCAGUAUCUCAAAAUUUGCAAUGAACAAAAGAAAGAGAUCCUGAUGUUGAAAGAGAAACUGAGAGAAUAUGAAGAACAGCAAGCAAGCAUUCCUGAGAACUGUAAUGCAGCAGUACUUUCAAACAACCAGGAAGCGGAAAUACAAAGAUACAAAGAAGUCCUUAAAAGUGUGUUCAAAAAUCGUGAGGAAAUCAGAAAAGAAUACUUGCAGGCAGAAAUGCAACUGAAAGAAAACACACUGAAGACAUAUUACCAGAACCAGUGUCAUGAACAAAUUCAACUGUUGUGCUCUAAAGAAAGAGUAGAAAAGGCCACUGGCAAGCGCGAUCAAAGGCUUGCAAUGCUUAGGACCCACCGCGUGCACGUGCAAAAGAAGAAAAAAGAAGAGGUUGGACGUUUUGAGGAAAAUACCAAUUGGCUGCAUCGUGUUGAGAAUGAAAUGCGCCUUCUGAAUCAAGAUGAGUGCAUUCCAGAGGAACUGUCUAAAGAGCUGCAGUGUUGCCAUUUAAAUCUAGAAGUUAAGGACCUGAAAACCCAGAUUGAGCACAUGUCAACUCUGAUGUCUCUUCAAGAUCAGCAUUAUAAGGAAACAGAAAAAGUACUGAAUACUUUGAUUCCAAUUCUUCGCAAGCAAUACUUGACUUUAAGAGAAGCUGGAUUGACAAAUAAUUUAACUGAAACUGAAUAUGAGGAGGUUGAGCAGCUGAUUCAAAGACAAAAAUCAGUAGUUUGGGCUGACCAAACAGAAGAAAAGGAACAAAAUCAAAACCAUGAACUAGAGCCGUCAGCUCUCUUUGCAUUCCCGCAACUUGUGACUACACCAAACACCCCAUGCCGUACAAGUUCUGGUAUACCAUCACGAGAAAUGACUAAGAAUACACAACAAAUUGAAUGUGCAGUACUAUCACAGAAGAGAACGAAGCGGAAGCUGAUGGACUCUCCAGUCACACCUCAAAGUCCUCUUGUAUCCAAGCAGCCCAAUCUCCAUAAUCUGGAGGAUUCUCUUACCAAGGACAUUCAGCCUAUUGUGUUUACACCAGAGCUUUGCAGAAUACCAAUACAAAGCUGCCAAACACAGACUGUGGUAAAGAAAGCUUUACACCUUGCAGGCCUUAAGGAAGCCAACGCAUGUGAUACAGAGACGCCAGUAAAAACAACGGGUAUUAUGGACACUACGUGUGACAUUAUGCCAGAGUGUGAUGUAGCUGAUAUGAACUCAACAGUAAUUCUCUAUGAAGGGACAGGUGAAACAACUGAAACUGACUCAUCUGCAAAGGAGUCACAGCCAUGUGGCAAUAAUAUUCUGCAAAGAGUUAGGGUCUCUUCCUUAAAAAGCAAAAUUCCUACUUCAGUACUUGAGAAGCCCUCAUAUAUGGCACUGACUUCUGCUGCUGCAAGAAAAAGGAAAAUAUUAAGCUCUACGUCAAACGCUGAGUUAGGCAGCCUGCAAGACCCUGUUGCUGCAAAGCGCAUUCAACAAGAGGUCGUUUUAAGCCAUGGAGUUUUGCAAGUACCCAAAAUAUCAGGUCUUAAAACAAAGAGCUGGAAGCAAGAACGGGAUGUGCCGAAAAAGAAAGUUAAAGCCCUUUCUGAAGAUAAUGUAGCAUUGGAUCCUAAACUAAGGACACAAAAAAAUCUUCUACUUCGUGUUAGAAACAAAAAAAAUAGGAUUUAGUUCUGAGUUCAUCCAUAUUUCAAGUAUGUUUGAUAGAUAGCAAGUAAAGACAAAGUGACUUUUGUUUUUCUCUUCUGAAUUGUUUUCUGUUAAAGAUAUCUCUCUCAGUAAUGCACUAUUUCAGGAAGAACCACUUUUUGGGAGUACAAGAAUUUUGUCAAAUGCUAAAAUUAAAUAAGGUUCUUUUUUUGUCUUCUGUUAGAGCUUAAAAAUGUCUUUUGUAUAUUAACAAAUGAACAGGAAAUUUUAUUUGGACUUGGGAAUGGAGAAGUGCACCAUAUACUUUUUGCCAUAAUCUCUGUGAGCGAUUCCCUUUGUUUGACUAACAGAUCAAUACUUCAGACAAUACAAGUUUUUCAGAGGGUCGCUGGUGCUGUAGUUUUUUGGUGCUACUUUAAAGUGCUUAUAUGCAGUCAGUCUUAAAUUUCUGAUGAGAAUUUUGUGAUAUAAAAAUUAGAAAAAUUCUUUUGACCUUUUAAAUUAUUUUCACUGACAUUUCCUAGAGUUAAAAUUGUUUUCAUUUGGAAGCAAGUCAAACAGGUAUUAAAACACAUUCAUACUUAGCACUAGGAUGCCAGUCGAUUCUUAAAUAUAUAUUUGUGGGUAGAUAAUAACACUGCAGUAUCAGAUGACCAAAAUACUUAGUGUUUUAAAUUAAAUACUAUAUGUACAAUAUUUUAGCCUUUCUAUUUUUAGUGUGUAACAUGGUUGUAAAUGUUCCUGGCUUCAGUCUUUCA